UUUCCGCCUGUUUGCCAUCACCGCUUUGUUGACUGCUGGUGGAUGUAGACGCAGAAACAGCUUCGGCGCUCAUUGUUUUUCAAGUUUUGACCUUUCACAUCCAUCUUCUGACAGUGCGAUAUUAAGGUGUGAUUUUUUUUUUUUUUCCCUCCUUCGGGAAGAGCCCGGAGAUCAUUUCGUGGCCACGCGCAGUAAUGCGAGCACAGGGGCUGGAGGCUGGCGGACACCGGGACUGAGCGGCGGAGAUCUCACAGACACCGUGCGCGUCUUUCUUUGACACAUUUUAAGAUAAACUGCGCUUUGGCUUUUCUCAGCCUGCGCUUCCUUUCUUGCCAUAGCAAUGUCCGAAAGAAAUACAUUGUUGAUCGACAACCAGUCUAAAAACGGAACGUCAAAAUAUGUGUUGGAGAGAUGCGCUUCUAUUAACGAGUAUUAUGAUAUUGCCUUCAAGGUGAUGCUGCUGGGAGACUCGUCCGUGGGGAAGACGUGCGUCUUGGUGCGCUUUAAAGACGGGGCAUUUCUGGGAGGCAACUUUAUAGCCACCGUUGGAAUAGACUUUAGGAAUAAAGUGGUGGAUAUCGACAACCUGAAAGUCAAACUGCAGAUCUGGGAUACAGCUGGCCAAGAGAGAUUUCGAAGCGUAACGCACGCCUACUACAGAGAUGCCCAGGCACUACUCCUGCUUUACGAUAUCACCAGUAGGCACUCGUUUGACAAUAUCAGGGCUUGGCUGACUGAAAUACACGAGUAUGCCCAGAAGGAUGUGGUCAUCAUGUUGCUCGGCAACAAGGCAGACAUGGCUGCAGAGAGGGUCGUGAAGACGGAGGAUGGAGAGAAGCUGGCGAAGGAAUACGGUGUACCAUUUAUGGAGACCAGUGCGAAGACAGGAGUCAAUGUGGAGCUGGCCUUUCUCGCCAUAGGAAAGGAGCUGAAGCACAGAGCCACACAGCAGCAGAAUGAGCCCAAGUUCCAGAUACACGACUACAUCGAGUCUCAGAAGCACAAGUCUAGCUGCUGUGGCCUGAUGUAGCUGAUGCUGAUCGUCAGGCAGAGAGAGACACAGAGAGAUGGAAAGAGAGGGAGGGAGGGAGGGAGGGAGGGAGAGGAAAAAUAAAUAAAUGUCUGCUCUCUUAGGAAAAGCCAAUCCCAGCACCAAACCUGAGAAGCAGAAAACCUUGUCUUCUCCACUGAGCUUUUAGCUUGAAUGGAAAGUGAAUCUUGAUUGGCCGCCAUCCCUUAUCUGAAAUGUGAAUUUUAAAUCCCUUUUAUGUAAUUCGUAUAAAAAUGUUUGUGGUAACAAUUGUGUCAAAAUACAAGUUAGGAGAUUCAAUCUGAAAUGCAAUAUCCAUCUGCAGGGACAAACAGAAAACAUUAUUAUCGUUCUAUGCUAUAUCUGCAAACUCAAAAUGUGUUGUUUUCGAUUAAUAAUAUGGCACCCUUGUGAUUUGUGUAGAUCUGAAGAGUUUAUUAUUUUUAGACAGGAGGUGGGCAGACAUGGAGACAUGGAGUUUCAUUACAAAAUAUUUAAUAUGUUGUUGUGCUCUAGACACUGCACAGUUUCCAGUCAGCCCAUGUGUUGUGUGUACUGCCACAGAAUGGAAACAAAUCUGUCUCAUGUACAGCGUUUCUUGGCGCCUGCUAAUGCUAACGCUACCAGCAGGGGUCAACAUACGUAAUGCAGUAUACCUCGGAGUCUUGUCUAUAGCGUGCUGCAGGAAUAAAUCCCAAAACCCAGAAAUGAGUCAGCGUUUUUGCACUUCCGGUGCCCUCGUCUUAAAGUCAAUGUUUUUCUUCAUGAAUAUGGUGAAGCCUGAAAUAAUUAAGAUUUUCACAUUUUGUUUUCCAACUUAAAAUAGAGCAGUUAAUACCCCACUGGUGAAUUUUGAAGCUUUAAAGUGUCUUAGGGACGUUAAACGCCAUCACGCCAAAGGCCGCCUUUGCAGUCUUAUUGUGUUUAUACUCGCACUCUUGCAAACUAUUCCAACUCAAACUUCCCAACUUGUACAUUCAUCAAUUUCUCCUGCUAAGAGGAAAGGCUUUUGUAAAAGAGGUUAGUGGUGGUGACGUUGAAGUCAUGCGACCGUGGUGGAGUUCAAUUAAAGCCUAAUGUUAACUUUUCACUUCUGGUGAUUUGCAUUCGAAAACCAUAAUAGAUCAUUUGUACAGAUUAUUUUUCCGAACACGUCUAAGUAUCAUUGACAUUGACUUUUUGUCGAGGGAACCAGGGGCGACGCUAACUUCCCGGGUCAGCCCACAAUAAAACGCCAUCCCUGCAGCACGCUAUUUCAUCACGGUUAGGGAGGGGCCGGAGAAAUCCAAGCAGACGGAUCUAUUAACAUCACAUGCCACCAAGAAUCUGUGUGAAUAUGUGUAAAGAACUUGAACAAUGAUUGAGUAGUUCAGGACCUUGCGUAAAUUCAUGUUUGUAAUGAAACUGUUUGCUGAGCUUCAGUAACAAAGUGAGCUGAACUCUUUGAGCUUUGUUUGGUCCAGCGGCAGCAGCAGACACUGAAAGCGGAGUUCGAUCCUAUUCUCUGAAGUGCCACAUCUGUCAUCCUGCAGUCUGCAGCCCCGACUCUUGAUAAAUAGUAGUUUAAUUCAAACAAUCAAUACAACUGUUGGUGUGGAUAUCACAUUUUGCCCUGCAGCUCUUAGUUUGUUUCCAUCCCUGUUUUACCAGGCUGUGAACUGAACCCCUGUUGGCCUUACAGUCUACAUAAUUAUUCUUUGAUAAUUCAGAGUGUUUGAGAAGUGGACGUCAGUCUCACGGUCAGAUUGUAGCUCAAAUGAUCCUGUCUGUUCACAUCUGUACUGCUGUUAGAUAGAAUAAAGCCAACUUUUUGAGGGUGCUCGUCCACUGUCUCUGUCUGUACAUUCAAUUCAGGGCCAGUUAAACUUAAUACUGUACAUGUAAAUGUGCUGCAUGAGCAUCCCCAGCUUGAUACAAAAAGAUGAUUAUAAUGAUUUUCAUAUAUUUUGGUUGGAGAUUCCUCAGCAUGCUAUUUACCUUCCUACCACUCACACACACAGAGAUGCUCCCAAACAUUUGUGUGUCUCCUUCAACGAUGGAUGUUGUUGUCUAGACUGUACUGAAGCUGUAUUUGAUCAUGCACCGCAUCGUGUAACACGUUUCUUUGUACAAUGUUCAUUAUGAAUGUUUGCUUGUCAAACUUGCUCAAUGUCACAUUUGUCCCUCUUCUGAGGAGUCACGGUGAUCACAAAGUGCCAUGACAAAGUGCUUUGUUAUCAUAUUAGAUAUAUAAAAAAGUAUAUUUUGUAUUGUA